CCACUGAUAAGAAGGGCCUGAAAAUGCCUGGAUGAAUAAAUAUGUUUCCGUUAAGAUGACAAAAAAUAUGCCACAUCGGAUCUUCAAGUGCUAACCAUGGCAGACAAACUUAUGAGAGCUCUCAAAUCAAUUUUAAGGGUCUAUAUAUUAUAUUUGAAUGGUUGUGCUUAUCAUGUAUUAGUGUUGAGGGAAAUCGUUCUUCUGAAGAUUACGAUGAACAUGGCGAGGUUACAAUGUCAAUAGUCCCUCGAAGUUUCAAAGACAUUUCGGUUUAUCAGAGCCGAACAUUUAAUAGCUUUUAACUUGCUUUUCAGAAAGAUCUCCCUGCCACUGAUUUAGAGGCAAAGUCAUGAGUUGUGGUCGUUGAAAGUCUGGCACAUUGUACAUUUUUUUCGUUAAGAACUGAUGGAAAUAUCUGGUCAGCUAACUCACCCUUACAAUGGAUAAAUGAAGGGUCGAGGUUGAACAAAACCAGCUUGGAUUGAGGUUGUACGUGAUCAGAAGUAAUGGAGUGGAUUUCUCUCUACAAAGUGGGUCGACCUUGAUCAGCUCAUCAUUCUGACUUUAUACAUAUACUUUACGGCCAAAUUAGGAUGGUUCACAGCUAUGGAUCUCGUUAGGUUCUAACUGACGAGUAAAAUGGAAGAUUACAUUUUUAAAAGUACACCAUAAUUGGGAAUAAGGCCGUCGCACCGGACUGAGAGGAACAUAUUCUGAAUAUUAAAAACUGUUCUCUUUAGGCAAAAAUGUAUCCAAACGCAAAGUUCUAAAUGAUAUGAUAUAUGCCGACAGGAUCCUCCACCUUAAUCCAAAUGCACCGAUUUUUGUAGCAUGGGCAUUGGUUUGCUUUGUAAAGUGGUCUUAUAAGCUCUCUUUAUAAUCGCGUCCAGCAAGUCCUCUCUCAUCCACCCUGGAAGCCCUUUGUACCGGUACCUGGACGACCCGCCUUCCCCGUCGUACUUCAGAUCCGACCAAAGACACGGAGCUGAAGAGCACAAAGCCGCGUCUGGAAAAGCUGGAGAGACGGGGUGCGAAGCGCAGCUGUGCAGACACACCCCAUAAGCCCCGGGAUGCGCCCCUGGUGCGUUUCACGCAACAGCGGGUCUCGGCAAAGUGCGCUCUAAAAGCUGAAUGCAUUCUGAGCGAGAGGGAGGGCGGAUCAGCCGGAGCCGGCGAAGGACGCUUUGGGAAUCACUCUUCAUGAAGUUACAUGUACAUAUAUAGGCUAAGAGCGCGGGGAUGCUGCAGCGCAUCCAGGUCAGCGUCGCGGGUUAAAAAGUUGGGUAGUGAUGGGGACUCCUGCAUGUGAAAUCCCCGAUUAGACGACAGAUUUGUGAAACACGUCUGGAACAGCAGUCAUCAUAGAAGAGCAGUAAAAGCGACAUCUUUGGGUACGAAAAUAAAGCGAGCGGCAGAAACUUGCUCGGCAUCGGGAUGCAGACGCUGGCGAGGGUCGCGAAGUUACCGAAAGCGUGCGCGGGACAGAGCCUGGGCGCAGGGCUCUCAUGCCCCGAGCCUGGGUUGCCCCCCGCGCACAUAUCCCCGCAAAUGGGUUCCAGAGCCCCGGAUCGUUUCCAGCCGCACCGAGUAGGGGAUGGCGCAGAAAGCGCACGCCGGAAAGCGCCGAAGCGGCCGCGGCAGAUGCCCGUCGCUACGGUGUACGGAGCCGGCUCUCCCGAGGAGCUCCGUGCGGGAUUGGCGGAGCCGGUCGCCGGUUCGAGACGGGAGGGUGGCGCCGCGGCUCCACACAAGGCUGACGGACGGUCCGCCUAUAAGUCGCCGACUUCGGUGCCCCAAACACAGGACAACCGGACCAACAUGUCACGUCCCAUGAUAACCAGGUCGCCGGCCUCGCCCCUGAGCAGUCAGGGAAUCCCCACACCAGCUCAGCUCACCAAGUCCAAUGCACCUGUGCACAUCGAUGUGGGCGGUCACAUGUACACCAGCAGCCUGGCCACCCUCACAAAGUACCCCGAGUCCAGGAUCGGCCGGCUCUUCGACGGCACGGAGCCCAUCGUGCUGGACAGCCUCAAACAGCACUACUUCAUCGACAGGGACGGACACAUGUUCCGGUAUAUUCUGAACUUCCUCAGGACUUCUAAGCUCCUUAUUCCUGACGACUUCAAGGACUACAGCCUGCUGUACGAGGAGGCCCGCUACUUCCAGCUGCAGCCGCUGCUGGCCGAGCUGGAGCGCUGGAAGCAGGAGCGGGAGCUGGGCUGGGCGUCGCGGCCCUGCGAGUGUCUGGUGGUGCGCGUGGCGCCCGACCUCGGCGAGCGCAUCAGCCUGAGCGGCGACAAGGCGCUCAUCGAGGAGGUCUUCCCCGAGAUCGGCGACGUCAUGUGCAACUCGGUCAACGCUGGAUGGAAUCACGACUCGACGCACGUCAUCCGCUUCCCGCUCAACGGCUACUGCCACCUCAACUCCGUCCAGGUGCUGGAGCGGCUGCAGCAGAGGGGGUUCGAGAUCGCCGGCUCCUGCGGCGGCGGCGUGGACUCGUCGCAGUUCAGCGAGUACGUCCUGAAGCGAGACACCAGGAGGGGACAGAGAGGGUCCGGCGUCAUCCGGAUAAAACAGGAGGAGCUGGACUAAAAUGGUCUCCGUUCCAUCUCCGGGCCAAGAGACAUAUUUAACUGUGUCACCUUUAAUACGGCAUCUGGAGAACCCGUCAAAGGGAAAACAAAGAUUUUUUUUAUUAAAAGAAAAAACCAAGUACUGAACCCUGAGGAACUUUGUUGACUGGCAGGAUCGCCGGGCCCGUUAUCCAAACCCAGGACUCCACUCCCAGGCUCCAGAAUAAAGUUUGUUUUAGAACUUUGAUGCUCUUAAUGCUCCUCAAAUGAUACGAUGGGGAUCCGUUCUCCCCGCUGGUUGGCACCAUUUUGAGUACACUGAUAAGACCCACAGCUAGCUGGGAACACAGCUGACAUUUUCAGUGAUUUUGGAUAUUUUGUGUGCUUAGUCUAUAAUGCUGCUUUGUGUUUUUCUUUUUUUAAUUAAAACUUUUUUGAAAUAUUAUAUCCUUAUAUAUAUAUAUAUCCAUGACCCGAAAUAGACGUGGUUAGACUAGUACAUUCCGUUUUAAUUUCUAUACAUUUGCAAAGGUUUUUUUAUUUGUUUGUUUUUAUUUUUAAUAAUGCCCGAUGCACAUUGUGGUUUACUCAGUUACAAAAGUACAUUUGAUACUUCUGAUAUAUAUACAUAUACCCACACUCACCGUGAACAGAAAGAAGGAUUAUCUGCAUGCUGUGGUCUGCAAAAGAAUAUGAGAGAAAUUGUUCUUUGUGGUAUAAUCAUUUCCGGGGCAGCAUACACAGUGCAGAGUGAAACUAUGAAAAUUAGCUGAACAUUGCCAGUAAGUAUUGAUGGCAGUUCUGACAUACCGAGAGCAUCUGCGCUGCUUGUUCCAGCGUUCGACGCACCUUAGAUGCCCCCUCUGGCCUUCCCACAGCAGCUGCGCAAGGAGAUGGAUGGUUCCGGAGAACGAGAAGCUGAAAAUGAACGUCUGCCUCCGUUCAUUUAUCACGCCGUUCUGCCGAAUUCCGUCUCCAUCCAAGCCCAUUAGUGCUUCUCCUCCAGUUCGGCACGGUUCCUCAGCCAUGAGCCGAUACACCGGUGUGUGAUUUUCCUGCGGUCCCGGUCUGGAGCCGAGUGGGACACCGUGGUCGGUAGGUCACUGUGUGCUCUGGAGAUCCUGGCUCUCCCGGUCCCUGUCCCCUCUCCCACCACCGAAAUGUGCUCUAGCGUUUCCUCUGAAGACCCAAAUUCCAUCAUUCAUUGUGUUUGUACUUUUUUUAAAAAUUAAAUAACCCAACUGCGCGACCCGGUAGGAUAAGGGGGUUGGAAAAUGGAUGUUUGGAUAACCCAGCAGUGGCACCUAUGAGACCUGUGUGAUGUGCUGGAUUUUUAAAACAUUUAGACUCAAUGUCGACGUAAUACAAAAGUUCCAAAAGCUAAGGGUAAAUGUACCCUAUCAAGGGAGUAUUAGAGAACAAAUGAAGAAGAGCUGAAGGACUUCUUGAGCCAUGGAAGUGAGGCUUUCACAGAUACAGCCUCCGUUUCUCCUAGCGGCCUACUGGACAGCUGGGUGUAGUGGGGAUUGUAGUCCUACAGGAAUUACAUGGAGGUCCUUCACCCAUAGCUAGUCCUUUCCUCCUCGACAUUUACUCAUUUGUGGUGAGUCACAGAUCUGCCAGUGGGCAAACCGUUGACCCAGAUUCACGUGUCGCUGGCCUAUUACUUCAGCAGGCCAGUUUCUGGUGGGCGCUUCUGGCGCUGUGAUGUACCCCAUAUUCCUAUCUGUAGACCCAAAACCUCAGCCACCCUUCGCCUGUCUCUGUCUGCUCAUGCCCCUAUCAUUCCCAUCCAAGGAAAAUCGUAGAUGGUGUCACAGUACAUCUGACCCAGAGAAACAUCUCAAAGAAAAUUAGAGAGACUCUUUCAUCUUAGUCUUGCUUAUUUUCUGUUUAACUCUCUUAACUUAAGGAAACGCAAUCCCCUUACGGUACAGAAUACUUGGCAAGGAUGCUCCGUCCUUUAGGCAACUUUGAAUGCAGAGAUGAGUCAGUCAUGAACAUUUUCCUCUGGGGUAAUAGAACAGCAUGAGCCAGGAAAUCAGAUGGAGCUUCGAAGGGCUACGGACAUAAAGGGUUUUGUGUUCUUAAUGUCACAAAACGUCCUGGAAUCAUUUCUAUUUCACACAUGUUUCUGUUGUCAAUGGCCUGGUUAAAGAAGGCAAAAAGAAACCAGACUGUCUGUAAACUUGAUUUAUUCCAAAUGCAACAAACUGUGCCAGCUGACUGAAUAAAGGAAGUAACCGUACAGUUGAGCCCCGCUGUUUGUGAGUCGCUUGGGCGCGAAAAUGAUUUGAACUCUACACAAGCACAUUUUAGGAAGACUUGGCAGCAGCGUUAUUUUUCAUAAGUUUGUUACCCACGAUAUUUAUUGAUGGAAAAUCCCCCUUUUGGAUGUAGGGUCUGUACUUCACCGUGUGGAUUAGUGAGCGUACCCAAUACAGGUUUAGCCUGGCUGAUUGUAAAUCCUUCACAUUCCAGAUGGAUCAGUCUACUUUAACUUCAUGUGUAUCGGUAAUUUUUUAACCAUACUAUUUGGAGAAAGAUCAACAAUGGAAAAACAUUCGCUAACCUUGGAUUCAGGUACUGGAAUAAAAGGUCAUAAAAACCUAUCAACUAUG